UGCCGUAUAAAGUGUAGGUGCAGCAGCUGCUUAUCCCCGUUUGUUACGUGUUUAUUUAUUGCACAAAAAAUAAAAUAUAAUAAAAUAAAUAAUGCCACCAAAAAAAUCUGCAGCUACGACAUCUGUUGCAGACGAAUCCCCUCCAAAAAAAGAAGCAAAACCAACAGAAAACAAAUCAUCAACAGAGACCAAAGUCUCAGCACACCCUCCAACCCUUGAGAUGGUAACCGAAGCCCUUAAGGAGCUGGACACCCGAAAAGGCACGUCAGUCCCUGCUAUUCGUAGCUACAUACUGGCAAAGUACCCCACUGUGGACCCUGCGAGGCUCAAACCCCUGCUGAGAAACGCCCUCACCAAAGGAAUCGACAACGGAACCUUGGCCAGGCCUGUAAACUCCAUUGCUACUGGAGCGACUGGGAGGUUUAAGGUAAGUAAGCUUACUGUCAAGAAGGUGAUUAAGAAAAACAAGGAAGCCAAGGCCGAGGAAAACGCAGACCCGAAUGUUCAGGAAGCUCCCAAGUCUGAUAAGACAGCCCCAAAGAAAACCAAACCAAAAGCAGCAAAAAUCAAGGAUGCAGACGCUAAGGAAGAGAAGGCAGAACCUGCUGUGAAGAAGGCCAAAGAGAAGAAUUCAGGGGGCUUAAAAGAAACUAAAGAAGCUAAACCCAAAGCAAAGAAGGAGGAGAAGGCCCCACCCAAGGAGACGGCUUCCAAGGUGCCCCCAGCCAAGAAGCCCAAGGCAGGGAAGAAGGAACAGAGUCCUGCUGAAGCGGUGCCUGAGCCCAAACCCAAGAAAGAGCGGGCCACCAAGCCCAAGGCAGCUGUGAAGGAGGAGAGUGCGGACGAAGGGAAGGGUGACAGUGGAGAGGAGCUGCCGGCAGCACCACCAAAAAAUACCAACAAGCGUGCAAAGAAAGGAAAAGUAGCGGAAUAGUUAAUCUCAAGAUGUGUAGAUUUAUUUGGUUUUUUAUUGUACAAUCAUAUAUAUAUAUAUAUAUAUAUAUAUAUAUAUAUAUAUAUAUAUAUAUAUAUAUAUAUAUAUAUAUAUAUAUAUAUAUAUAUAUAUAUAUAUAUAUAUAUAUGGUAUUUCAAUAAAGCUUAUUAA